AUCAGAAUCAUUAAAUUGUAAAUUCAGUUAAUUUUUUUUCCAAUUAGUAUCGAAAUUUCAAAUUUCGAUUAAUCGAAUCGAUUAGUCGAUUCAAAUUCGAUUAUGCUCCAACUUCACUUCGCUAGCAUCAAAAUCGCGGGAGAGCGCCGUAGGGCGGGUCGAUAACUGAAAAACGUAACUAAUUUCAGUUUUUCUCGUAUUUAAUUUAGUUUUCACGGUUAAUUUGAUUAAAGUUCUAUUAAAGAAAGUUUAUUUUUACAUAAAAAGGAAGUGUUUAAUUAGUGCCGGUAAUUUUUUUUGCAUAAAAAUAGUGAAUUAAAAUUUUUUGCAAAACGGACAUAACCUCAAUUUGAAAAAAGUCGAACUGUGCGGUUUUCGUUACUGAUUUCAGUGUUGUGUUUUAAAACAAGAAUAAGUGUUUUAUAAUACAGUGUUUUGUGUUGUGAAAAGUUAAAAUGUGGAUGGAAUUAUCAAUUAAAAGAUCUAAAAAUCCCACGAUGGAUGCGAGGAGGAAUCAAAAGUUUGGAGAAAUUCACAAAAAAUGGUUUGAAAUAAAGGGAUCGCAAUUUGAUGGCAAACUACGAUUAUCACCAGCAAUUACGUAAUGUCGUAUGGCGUAUGGCUUGCCCUAUGGAAUGGCCUUACAUAAAAUUAUUAUCUGCUUUCUGCUGCCUAUCUUCCUUUAUUUGUUAAUUGUUUCUGAAGGUUCAGAAGUGCCGAGGGUUGAACCUGAACCGGAAUUUCAAAUGCCUCUUGGAAAUUACACAGUUCCACAAGGUCGGGAAGUUGUUUUUACCUGUGUCGUUAAUCAUCUUCAAUCUUACAAGGUUGCUUGGAUAAAAUCAGAUUCGAGAGCAAUUUUGGCUAUUCAUACUCACAUGGUUGCACAUAAUCCGCGGCUGUCAGUCACUCAUAAUGGAUUUAACACGUGGAAGCUGCACGUGGCCAAUGUCCAGGCGAAUGAUUCUGGCACGUAUAUGUGUCAAGUUAACACCGAUCCAAUGAGAAGUCAGACCGGCUACAUGAAUGUUGUAAUUCCACCGGAUAUAAUGGAUCUCGAUGAGAAUUCCGACCGUUUAACAACCGAGGAGAAAGGUGAGAUUCGUCUCCGUUGCAAUGCUACUGGAACUCCUGAACCGGAAAUCACUUGGCGCCGAGAGGAUGGCAAGAACAUUACUUUAAGACAUAAAAAAGAACAACAAGUCGUGAAAAUACACCAUGGUAAGCAGCUGCACCUGACGGGUAUCCUAAGACAAGAGAUGGGAUCGUAUCUCUGUAUCGCAUCGAAUGGAAUACCUCCCUCGGUCAGCAAGAGGUAUUACGUAAACGUUUUGUUUAAACCGACAGUAACAAUUGAUAAUCAAUUAAUAGCAGCACCAAUUGAUAAAAAUAUAUCCCUACUAUGUUAUGUUGAAUCAUCACCAAAAUCAAUGAACGUUUGGUACAAAGAUAACGGCAAGAAAAUAUUACCAAGUGAAAAAUACAAUUUACAAGAAUUCCAAGUGAAUGAUUACACUUUUCAGUCAAAUUUAACGAUAAAAAAUUUAAAGCUAAGUGAUUUUGGAAGAUAUUCAUGUUUUUCGGAAAAUGCUCAUGGAAAAGAUCAAGUAACAAUUGGACUUCAAGAAUUACAUUUGGAAAAAACAACGGCGGCUUCAAUUCGAACAACUGAAUUAUCAUCAUCGGGAAAUGGAUAUAAAAAAUAUAAUCUUAAUGAAAAAAAUGGAAGAAAAUAUAAUAUGAAUUCAUUCGGUAGAGAAAAGACGCAAAAUUUUCUUGGAAAAGUUGAAAAGUCAAAUAAUAAUAAUAAUAAUAAUAGCAUUCAAGCACCAAGAACAAAAUUGUCGAAAGCUGUUGCAACGAAAAUUUUAAAUCCCCCAUCCUCACAUCCCGCACUUUCGCCAGCUUCGGCUCAUUUUCCACCAGUUGAUUUUGAUAUGUAUAAUAACAAUAAUAAUAAUGCAACAUUUUUAGGAAAUUUUUCUUUAAACUGGCUACGAUUAAUUGUUACUUUAUUGACUCUAUUAAUUUAUUUUUAUUGAAAAUGAAAAAAAAAAAUUCCGUAUUUUAUUUAUUUAAUUUUUAAAUUAAUUUUAUCCAAAAAGAAAAAAAUAAUUAAGGGACCCAUAACGCAUAAUCAAAAAUUCAUUUAAUUAUAAAAUUCGAAUUUUGUAAUUUAAUGUAAAUAGUAGUGAAGAAUUUUAUGAAAUUAAUUUUCUUUUUUAAUUGUAAAUAAGUGUAGAAAAUUGAAGUUAAUUUAAACUAUUGGCAUUAUUAUUUCUUUUUGAAAAUGUUAAUUAAUAUGUACAAUAAUAUUAACUAUUUACACUAAUGGAAAAAUAAACUUCGAUUCUUGUGUAAAUAAUA